AUGGACAGCUCGUUCAGCUUCAGCCCUUUAUGGGAAGAUCCAGCGAUUAUCUACAAGCCCGAAAAGGCUCUCGACGCCCUCCAUGCCAAGAUCCUCAGCAUCAUCCUAAGAAAAAUCGACUUGCCCAAAGAGGGGGAGAAAUUCUAUCCAAAGGAUGUUCUUCGCUCUGUGUUCUUCGUCAUCAACCAAGUGAUGACCGACCUAUCCAUCGAUAAUGAGCUCCUCAACGGAAUCCGAGCUACUCAUAUCAGAUUGGCUAGGUAUGGCUCGCCGCUCAACAUCAUUGAUGCCGCCCUUGUGAGAUGGUAUACCGGAGCUGUCAUUGUCCUCUACUCCCAUCAGUCUGUUCGCUCUCCAACUGGCAUGCCUCGUCAUUGGAUCCCAGGCUACCGGAGCCAUCACCCAAUCGCCAACUUAGGCUUUAUGACCAUUCUUAGAGGUUUCGAGGAGUGGGCUCACCCUAAACACCCUAAACUUCAGGCUGCCUCCCUGAUUUCGAAGGUCACCCUCGCGAUUCUGUAUGCUACUUACACUAUCGGGCCUCAUCUCGAAGGAUUCGCGUUCAACCACCUUAGCCACAUGCCCAUCUCUAAGUCGCGAGAGCUCUUCCUAAGGGUCUUUGUCUCCAUUUCCGGCAACGUAUACAAUGACGACGAAGUCUUCACGACGCCCCCGGCCUUCGAAUUCGGCGCGGCUCAGGGCAACGUCCGGAUCUGUCAGCAAGGGAAGAAGCUCCUCGUCAGAUCCCUAAGUGAACAAUUCUACCGCGAAGCCCCUGACUGGCAUCCGUAUCGACGAGUACCCGGGUCCCCAUGGAACAACUUCAUCAGAAACACGGAGCUGCCUGUCUUUUCAACCAACGAAAAUCCUACGCCUCACGCGAAGACCAAGUACAUUCUGCCUUACAACGCGAUCGUUCUCGCCGGGCAGUUCAAGGCAAAGUACAAUCUGGUCCGCGCUUUUCUUCGGCACCCACCAAACCAACUUCCUGAGCUCUCCGAGGAGGUAAAAACCUUGCAGCUCAAGUGGUUUGCUCAACAUUCCGGGCGAGGAUACGCCAACAUCGCCCCUGAUAUGCACACAGCUGAGUCUCUCGUUAGCGUUGGGAACGACUUCCUCUACCAUACUCCUGCAAUUCAAAAGCCCCGUGCAGACCCGAGUGGAUUUCUGACUCUGCCUUUCAUGUCAACUGCGGUUUAUGCAAUCGAGCGUCACCGGGAUCCCGCAGAGACUCCUGUUCAAGGCCUUUUGGUAUUGACCUUCAAUCAAGAGCUGCCGGAUGAAGUGGCCAAUUAA